UGGUCUCCCCUGACAAAUCAUCAAUGACCAGGAACCUUUAGCAGACACACUCUAUUGCUCCCACCCACAGACAUUUUACAGAAGUCAAAAGUUCCUUUUUCAUUUUACAGUCAAACAGCGGGCCUUGUUAAUUUUAUUUUAUCAGACACAGCUGAAGGCCUCCGAGAGUAGCUAAGUUCACAAGUGUUUGCUAUACAAUAAGAGAGAGAGACAUUUUUUGGUCUUCGUUGAGUGAGAGGAAAUUUUGAAACAUUGUGCAAUGGUGCCGCAAAAGUUUUGAAAGGUUGUGAGAGUGUUUUGCCAGCAAAGCGUCUGAGACUCGGUCCGUUGGAGAAGAAGUCUCCAUGUUGCAUCCAUACAGAAUGGAGAGCUACCUCAUCCCACCUCACUCAGAAGAAAUGUACGAUCCUGAGAUCUACAGACAUCAAAUUGCAGAAUAUUAUAAUCCAUAUGUCUUAGAUGCAGAUAUCCAGGCAGAUCACUGGGACUUCCACCCUCACCCUCACGUGCACUCUGCAGAGUUUGAAAACCUGCAAGAGACCAAUUUCACAGAGCUGCAGAGUGUGCAGGCUCUCCACCCGCCCGGACUCAUUCGACAUGAGGCCAUACGAUAUGAUGCAGAAAACUUGCUCGAUCCAAAUCUUGGGGCACAUUCACAUGUGUUGCAGCAACCAGUAGCAUUCUUCCCUCGGACUGUGUAUCCACCACACGUGUCCCAGCGCAGCUCUGAUGAUGAAGAGCACGGAGGACGAAGUCCCCCGCUGGAGGUGUCUGAUGAGGAGUGUCUGAGAGAUCGAGUCCCUUAUGUCACACCAGGAGAUCUGGGCAAUAAAAAGAAGAUCCGUUUGUACCAGUUCCUGUUGGACCUUUUAAGGAAUGGCGAUAUGAAGGACAGUAUCUGGUGGGUGGACAGGGACAAAGGGACAUUCCAGUUUUCUUCCAAACACAAGGAGGCUCUUGCACACCGCUGGGGAAUCCAGAAGGGAAACCGCAAAAAAAUGACCUAUCAGAAGAUGGCCCGUGCGUUGCGCAACUAUGGCAAAACUGGAGAGGUGAAAAAGAUAAAGAAGAAGCUGACGUACCAGUUCAGCGAUGAGGUGCUGGGGAAGAGUCAUCUGGAGAGAAAACCAUAUGUGUAGGCAAGAGGGAUACUGAAAUGUCAAGAUUUACUCGUGACAAGUUGGACAAGUGACAUUGGAGGUGUAGUUUCUGGUGUUAGAUGCUUAAUCAACCUUGCUGAUCUGGUAAAUAGCAUUUUGUGACUAGAUAGAUGAUACUUUAUUCAUGUGUCCAGUAGCUCACACAAUCUGUAUUAGCAUAUAAAUAUAGAUUAGACACAAUACACAAUAGAAUAAGGUAAUAAUUCAGCAUGCACAGUUACGGUUAAAAAAAUUACUUAAAAGCAAAGAGUCAUAUAAAUAAAUAGAUAUAUGAAUAAAAAGCCCCAUUACUGCUGUACAGUGGGAUCAAUCUUUUGACGAUACUAGUUAAUGCAGCAUAAAAGUAUGGAUCAAUAGACAAAAUCCCUAAAGACUGUCUGUAUAAUAAGACAUAACAGAGACCACUUAGUAAUUGUAAUUAAGAAGAAAUACCAUAGAAAGCUCAGUUUGGCUUGUCUGUUUGAAUUUCUGGAUAACAAAAUACUUAAAAGUAGCCGUAUGGAUAUAAAGUCAGGAAAAUGUGUAACCUGUUAUUUGCAAAUGUGUACAGAGAUUUGUGAAUGGGUACUUUGAAGAAGUGUUAUGAGUAUCUCCUGUUUGUGAAUUUUGUCCCAUUGGCUCUCUCAGAUUUGAAAAAACUCCCUCAGAUUUGCCCUGAAAUAUGCAAAACCUGCAUUCUAAAUCAUGCCCCACUACCAGGUGGGGGCGGCAAGCUGCUUUAUGGUGCAGCGAAUUGGACAUGUUGGCCAAAGUUGGAACUGCAAGUCAUGUGAUGCUAGGGUUCAGAGAGACAUGUGUAAUGCAAUACAAUUCAACAGCACCACAAACUACAUCCUCCAAAAUAAUCAGAAAGUUGAAUCAACACCUCUUGAAAACAGUUUCAACAAAAAAAUGAUUAUAACCUUCAUGAAGGUAGGAUUUAUUACAGGACUGUUGUAUUAGACUGCUAUUAGUUUUAUCUAGGUGUACCUAAUAAACUGGCAACUGAGUGUAUAUAAUAAAAGCCACUGUAAGAUGCUGGCCUAAGCAAGAGAAAGACACAAAUGCAUGAGCAUUAUAGGCUUGCAAACAGAAAGCAUAAGAAACCUUUUAGCAUACAGUAUGUGCUGGGUGAGCAACUGUCAUUGAUAUGAAUGGGCCACACUUUGGAAUAUCUCAUCCAAUGUUUACUUUAUCCAAGGUGCUAAUCUGUUAAUGCAUAGAGAGGACCCAUCAGCUUUAAAACAGCAAAACCACUACUAACCAACGUGAAAAUCUACAAUGAGAGCUCGCUCAACUCUAUAAGAUCACAGUUGAAGAGCUCAGCAUUUUAAAAAACAAGACACUGGACACUGGUUUUAAAAUCUCAUCGCAUUUCCAAAUCUGACAGAUUAUGCAUUUUCUUUCUUUCUUUCUUUGUGAGGUUAUUUUUUCAUUUGAUGUUUAAAAAAUAAAUAAACAUUUUGGGAAGUACGGUUAUUGGAUCUACCAAGAUGCGAAGAUUGUAUAGGAUCAUGUAUGUACGUUAAAUAUGAAGCUAUGGCCAGCGUGGGGUUAGCUUAGCAUUAAGACUGGAAGUAGGGGGAAACAGGUAGCCUGGCUCUUUCCAAAGAUAACAAAAUCUGUCUACCAUAGCCUCUAAAGAUCACACAUUGUAUAUAUUUUGUUUAAUCUGUACAAAAACCUAAAUGUAAAAACAACAGUUUGUGGUUUUCCAGGGAGCUAUAUGCUGGACAAUUUGUUGUCUGGGAGCAGUGACUUCCUGGAGUCCUGUCGUCACUGUGAGAGCAGAGACUGGUUCUUUCUCAACCUUAUAGACAUGAGAGUGGUAUCAAUCUUCUCAUCAAACUCUUGGCAUGAAAGUGAAUACCUGUACCUCCCAAAAUGUCAAACUAUUCAUUUAAUGACAAUAAUUGACAGUGUACAGUCAAAAGGCAAAAAGGGAAAAAGAAAGGGGGAUGUUGCAGUUACACGGUAUGCAUCUUAGACCCUGGGUCACUGUGACACCCAUUUUUAAAUGUAGGUGCACACACAUAUUAAUGCAUAUUCUAUUUGGAAAUGUCUGUUUACACAUUUCCAAUAUUAAAGUCAAAAUUUUUGUUUCAGGACAUGUAAAUUCUACUAGUUUAGUGUCGAGUUUAUGGUUUGAAACUUCACAGUUGGCCCAAGCCCUACUGUGUUUGACUCUCCUUAUGUUGUAUAUGCUUAAGUUCUCUUUAAACAGUGGGUGAUACUACUGUAUGUACAUAUUUCUAUUGGAAUGUGAUAUUUAAAACAGCAAGGAGAAACAAAUAAGUCAUUAAUGAGAUAAGACCAUUAUCAUGAAUAUUUACAUGACAAGAAAUGUUUGGUACAAAUACAUAAAGUUUUGUUGAGAAUUACUUAAAAAAAUAAAUUGUUCAUAAAUGUA